AAAAACUUCAUAACAUUAGCGUAGUGUGGAUAAGCUUGUUUUGGGUGUAAUUCACAAAAGCCUCUCACUUUCUCAGAGCCAAAGCAAUGGAAAUGCAUCUCUGCCUCUGAAUAUUCUCUUCACUCCUAUGCCGCAAAACUUCUGAUCCGGCCACCACCCUCUCACUCUCCAAUGGCCGCAGUUACCUCUUCUUUCUCUUUCUCCACACUCACUCAAUCUUCGCAUAGAAACCUCAAACUCUCUUCCAAUUCACCAACCUUUCGCUUCCGCGUUGGUUUCUCCUGCCACUAUGUUGGAGUUCGAGCUGCCAAUUUUGCUUCCAAAACCGUUGUUCGCUGCUCCACUUCCGUCUCAGACCCUCCAACUGUUUCUGAGACAAAGUUAAAUUUUCUCAAGGCAUAUAAGCGACCAAUUCCUAGCAUCUACAACUCGGUGCUGCAGGAGCUUAUUGUUCAGCAACAUUUAAUGAGAUAUAAGAGAUCAUAUCGCUAUGAUCCUGUAUUUGCCCUUGGCUUUGUCACUGUGUAUGAGCAACUCAUGGAAGGGUAUCCAAGUGAUGAGGAUCGAGAUGCCAUCUUCCAAGCAUACAUUCAGGCAUUGAAUGAAGAUCCUGAGCAAUACAGAGUAGAUGCAAAGAAACUGGAAGAGUGGGCUCGGGCUCAAAACCCAACUUCGCUAAUAGAGUUUUCAUCCAGAGAAGGAGAAGUUGAGGGAUCACUAAAGGAUAUUGCAGAAAGAGCGGGAGGAAAGGGGGAUUUCAGUUAUAGUCGCUUCUUUGCAAUAGGCCUCUUUCGUCUUCUCGAGUUAGCAAAUGCAAUGGAACCAACAAUUUUGGAAAAGCUCUGUGCAGUUUUAAAUGUCAACAAAAGAAGUGUGGAUCGGGACUUGGACGUGUAUCGCAAUUUGCUUUCUAAGUUGGUUCAAGCUAAAGAGCUGCUAAAGGAAUAUGUUGACAGGGAGAAGAAGAAAAGAGAAGAAAGGAUUGAACCACAAAAGACUAAUGAGGCCAUUACACAACAGCAAUUUUCUGGCCUUUAGUUAUUGGGUUGGGGUUCCUCUGAAAUGAUCACCUUGUGAAAAUUUGGUAUUCUUGACUUGUUAAUUUUUAUGUUCUUCAUGUUGGUCUGGGGCAUUGGGUAAUCAGAGUGGGACCCCCACUUCUAUCAUCAUGGUUUUGCAUACAUAGUGUAUUUGGUGUAUCUUCUUUCAUGGUGAUCCAGCUAGAUCCUGCUUUUUGCUCAACCACAAUUUACCUGUCAACAGUCUUGUGUAAUCUUUUCUUACAUGUAUCUUUUUCCUCCACUCAGUCUCAGAUGCAUUUGGUAGUACUCAAAUACAAGCCCAAGCCCAUAGACAUAUACUCUGAUAAUUGUAAUUCAAAUUGAAAUUCUUAAUAUUUCAGCAAGUCGCAUUUUCUUGA